AUGAGAAGUCCCACUGGGGUAGCCCCAUGGGAUCACAGUGUGAGGGGAAAGGCUUCCCCAAGUCAUUUGUCCUCUAGGCAUACCACACCUCACUCUCAGUGUGAUGCACAUGAGCAGGAGAGAUAUGCGACCAAGCAGUAUAACUCUGAGGAUUCUCUGAGAACUUUCCAGCGGUACAUGAGAACUCACGUUGUGAAUGGGCCAUGUGAAUGUGAAGUGUGCUUAAAAUACUUUGGUUUUCCAGGUACAUUGGAAACACAUCAGGAAACUCAUAGUGGAGACAAUCCCUGUCACUACAAGGAAUAUAGAAAGACCUCCCUGGAUAUUAGUUCACUGUGCGCACAUGGAGGACCUCUUGCUGUGGGAAAAUGUUAUGAGUGUAACCAGUGUGGGAAGUCUUUGAGUUCUUAUAGUUCACUUCGAAGACAUGAAAGAAUCCAUACUGAGAAAAAGCCAUAUAAAUGCAAACAGUGUGGGAAAGCCUUUCGAUACCACAGUUACCUUCACUUACAUGAAAGAAUUCACACUGGUGAAAAACCCUAUGAAUGUAAACAAUGUGGGAAAGCAUUUAUAUUUCCUGGUGCCUUGCAGGUACAUGAAAAAAUUCAUACUGGAGAAAAACGUCAUGAGUGCAAACACUGUGGUAAAGCCUUUAGACGGCAUAGUGAUCUUCAAGUACAUGAAAAAAUUCAUACAGGGGAAAAACCUUAUGUAUGUAAACAGUGUGGUAGAGCUUUUAGGCUUAACAGCCAUCGUCAGAGACAUGAACAAACCCAUACUGAAGACAGACCCUUUAUAUGUAAACAGUGUGGCAGAUCUUUUGAAUGUUACAGUAAUCUUGAGUUACAUGAAAAAAUUCAUACAGGAGACAGACCUUUUGUUUGUACAGAAUGUGGCAAAGCUUUUGGAUGUUACAGUAACCUUCAGUUACAUGAAAAAAUCCAUACUGGAGACAGACCCUUUGUAUGUAAAGAAUGUGGUAAAGCUUUCAUAUGUCACGGUCAUCUUCAGAGGCAUGAAACCACCCACACUGGAGAAAAACCCUACGGGUGUAAACAGUGUGGCAAAGCUUUCAGUCGCAACAGUCAUCUUCAAAGACAUGAAAGAACUCACAUGCAAAUGUCUACAUGCCCCGGAAAAUGAUUCCA